AUGGAGGAUGACAAUACCCAAUUGAAUGCUGAUGAAUUUGAAACGUCAAUAAUCAAUGAUGCAUUAAUAACUGACAAAGAUUGCAUAAAAGAGUUGAACAAAAGAGUUGAUGCAACAGGUCAGUUUUUUAUAGUGGCUCGUAGAGGAUCAAAUCUUUCAAGGUGCCUCAGUUUAUGGCAACGUGAAGCAAAACGCAAUAAAGCUGACAAAACAUUAAGAGUUCAUUUUACUGGCGAAGAUGGAAUAGAUCGUGGAGCCAUGGCAAAAGAGUUCCUUCAAAAUAUUAUAACUGACAUGGGAAAUUCGAUCUUUCCUGAUGGUAGUCCCGUUGAUUCUACGCAUAAUGUACAGAAAGGAUAUUUUCAGAGUUGCGGAGAGGUCGUUGCAGUAAGCCUUGCCCAAGGAAGCCCACCCCCGUGUUUCUUACAUGAAUGUGUUUACAGAACAAUGGUGGAUGCUAAUACCGAUUUCAUGAGUUUGGACGACAACGACAUUACACCUGCGGAGAAGAUCCACUUAGAGAAUGUUGUAAGCGACCUUCGGAGCAAUUCAUCGGCUAUAAUAGAACAUGGAUACACGGGUAAAAUUGAUCAGGAGCACAUCGUUGACAUUCGUAGAUCUAUUGUUGUUAGUAUUGUCAGCAAGCGACAAUUAUAA